GUUGGUUAGUUGUUUGUUAGUUUCCGUGACUUCGAUAGAGCACUAAUCUUGUAUACUCGCUUGUUAAACCAUUCUGAAAUUGGCACGCUGUACAAAAUUCGGCUAGCAAGGAAUAAAUCAUGUUCAACCAACCUAGCAAUCCGAACAAAGAUUUAGAGGUGACUUCGCCACCUGAUGACACCGUGUCUGCCCUUGAAUUUUCACCACCUUCAUUACAGCAAACAUUUCUAGUGUCUGGCAGUUGGGAUUGUCGGGUACGAUGCUGGGAAGUGGAGACUACAGGCAAGACAAUACCCAAAGCCGUGCAGAGCAUGGAUGGGCCAGUGUUGGACGUGGCUUGGCACGACGAUGGCAGUAAAAUCUUUAUGGCGUCCACGGAUAAAAGUGUCAAGUGCUGGGACUUGGCUUCGAAUCAGUGCAUGCAGGUAGCGGCCCACGAGGCGCCCGUAAAGACGUGCCACUGGAUCAAAGCACCCAACUAUACCUGUCUGAUGACAGCCUCUUGGGACAAGACACUCAAGUUUUGGGACACUCGCAGCCCGGUCCCCAUAAUGAACAUGAACUUGUCGGAGCGGUGUUACUGCGCAGACGUGGACUACCCGAUGGCUGUGGUGGGCACGGCGGACCGCGGCAUCUGUCUCUACACGCUAGAAGGCAAGCCUGCGGAGUUCAAGCGCGUCGAAUCCCCACUUAAAUACCAACACCGCUGCAUCGCCAUCUUUCGCGACAAGAAGACGAAGCAGCCAACUGGCUUCGCCCUCGGCAGUGUCGAGGGACGCGUGGCCAUCCAGUAUGUAAACCCCACAAUGCCCAAGGACAACUUCACAUUCAAAUGUCAUCGACCUCCUGCAAACACCUCCGGUUAUCAGGACAUCUACGCAGUGAACGACAUCGCGUUCCACCCGGCGCAUGGCACGCUGGCCACGGUGGGCUCGGACGGCUCCUUUUCGUUCUGGGACAAAGACGCGCGCACCCGCCUCAAGUCCUCGGAGAUGCUGGACCAGCCGCUCACCAAGUGCGCCUUCAACCACAAUGGACAAAUAUUCGCGUACGCCGUCGGCUACGACUGGUCCAAGGGCCACGAGCACUUUAACCCGGCGAAGAAGAACUACAUCUACCUGCGCGCUUGCUACGAGGACCUGAAGCCGCGCACCACGUGAGCCCGGGUUGCCCCCGCCGACACUACACCACCACUGCAGUUUUCUAUACAAAAUUACACCUUUCUGUAACUUCCAAUAUUACUAAGUACAUAAUAAAAAUAUUGUGAGAUAAGUUGGAGUCCAAUCGA